GUUGUGGAAAUUGUAAGAAUAAAAUUAUUCCCUGGUAUUGGAGAGGAUCCAUACGGUGAAACGGAGAAGACGAGUCGCUCCUCCCUCUCUCCCUUCGCCAAACUCCGCCCGUCCAGCUCCUUCCCUGCCCAAAGGAGGCGUCUUGAGGAUUCAUUCCCCUCCUUUCUCCUCCCCGCCGCCUCCAUUUGGGACUUCCUGACGGGCGGCAUCGCCGCCGCGCAAGAGGCCUCAGUUUCUGUCGGCCGAGGCAUGCCGCUCUUCAGACAGAUUCACUUUGUACUUCUAAUUAGUCGACAGGGAAAAGUGAGAUUAACCAAAUGGUAUUCUCCAUAUUCUCAGAAAGAAAGAACUAAGGCCAUCCGUGAGCUUAGCGGACUGAUUCUUACACGAGGUCCAAAGCUUUGCAACUUUGUAGAGUGGAGAGGAUAUAAGGUUGUGUAUAGAAGAUAUGCCAGUCUUUACUUUUGCAUGUGCAUUGAUGCAGAAGAUAAUGAAUUAGAAAUACUUGAAAUCAUUCAUCAUUUUGUUGAGAUAUUGGACCGAUAUUUUGGCAGUGUUUGCGAACUUGAUUUAAUAUUCAAUUUUCAUAAGGCAUACUACAUAUUGGAUGAAAUUCUCAUUGCCGGUGAGCUUCAAGAGUCGAGCAAAAAGGCCGUUGCCCGUCUUAUAGCUGCACAGGACCAACUUGUGGAAGCAGCCAAGGAGCAGGCAAGUUCAAUAAGCAAUAUGAUUGCACAAGCUACCAAAUAGAGCUCCUUCAGUCAUUGUAAGGCCUAUCAAACAUGACUGCCCUCCAACGUUUUCGAUCCCUUGCACUUUACUACAUGUUUUGGAUGAUUUAAUUCACAUUUCUCGAGCUUGAUGUGGUAAUCUUUUACUGAGAGUCGUGCUUGUAGAAACUGCACUCAUUUUCAAGCUUAAAUUUCUGAAUAAUAGUUGAUGAAAAAUUGUCUACCA